UGCCCAGUGUGCCACCGCCGUGUCACUGGACUGCGAUGAUCGUGUCCAACGCGAGCCUGAGCGGCUGCGCGGGGGUCAACAGCGCUCUGUGCGCCGGAGCCGGGGAAGGGCACCUUAGGGGAGGCUCAUACCGGACCACCCUCACACCGACAGGGAACCUGGUAGUGGCAGUGUGCCUGGGCUUCAUUGGCACUUUCGGACUUAUGAACAACCUGCUUGUGCUCGUGCUCUUCUGCCGCUACAAGAUGCUGCGGUCGCCCAUCAACCUGCUCCUGAUUAACAUUUCCAUCAGCGACCUGCUGGUGUGCGUACUGGGGACUCCGUUCAGCUUCGCGGCCAGCACGCAGGGAAGGUGGCUCAUAGGAAAAGGGGGAUGCGUGUGGUACGGCUUCGCCAACUCCCUGUUUGGCAUCGUGUCCCUAAUCUCCCUGGCUGUCCUCUCCUAUGAGCGCUACAGCACCAUGAUAGAGCCAACCGAGGCUGACUCCUCCAACUACUGCAAGAUCUCCCUGGGCAUCACCCUGACCUGGGUCUACUCCCUCAUCUGGACCCUGCCGCCACUCUUUGGCUGGAGCAGCUACGGCCCAGAGGGUCCCGGGACCACCUGCUCUGUUGACUGGACGGCCAAGACGGCGAAUAACAUCUCUUACAUCAUCUGCCUGUUUGUCUUCUGCCUCAUCGUGCCGUUCCUGGUGAUCGUGUUCUGCUAUGGGAAGCUGCUGUGUGCCAUCCGACAGGUGAGCGGGAUUAAUGCAUCAAUGAGCAGGAAACGUGAGCAGCGCGUGCUAUUCAUGGUGGUGAUUAUGGUGAUCUGCUACCUGUUGUGCUGGCUGCCUUACGGCAUUAUGGCCCUGCUGGCCACCUUCGGGCCGGCGGGCAUGGUCACACCCGAGGCAAGCAUCAUCCCCUCAGUCCUGGCCAAGACCAGCACGGUCAUCAACCCAGUCAUCUAUGUCUUCAUGAAUAAACAGUUUUACAGAUGUUUCCAAGCCCUUCUGCGUUGUGAGGCUCCCCGACGAGGCUCCAGCAUAAAAAGCUCCUCCAAGGUCGCCACCAAGGCCAUAAGGGGUGUAGCAGUUACCGGUCCCCGCCGAACCAAUGACUUCCUAUUUAUGGUAGCUUACCUGGGUCAACCGGCCACCACGAUGCCCCGACUGGGACCCUCCUUUGAAGCCACCAAUGAUGUUACCAAAGCAGCCUCUUCAGACAACAACCAACCUGUCGCAGUGUCACUAGUGGCUCACUUUGAUGGCUGAUGAUUGGCUAUAACCACGAAAAGUCCCAAAGUCCCCAACCAGGAACUCAUUAAUAAUGAAAGAGGUGGUUUUACUGAGGCUUGGAGAGCAGCAGCCUGCAGUCCACGUGGAUUUAACACGGCUGUUGCAUCAGCCUGCCCCAGCUAGCAGAGAUGGUGGACCAAUAACAAAGGCAAAUCUUGGACUGCCUCUGGACAAUAUGAGUAGAAAUCAGAGGUGGUAAACCUGCAGAAGCUGGGAGUCUGUGUUUCUCUGCGAAGAAAGUAUAUGUCCGUCUUGAUAGGCAUGAGGCAUUUGAAGACUGGUAUGGUAAGAAAAGAGGAACUGUAGGGAUCUUUUAUUUUGUGCAAUAUCUAAUGUUUGGUAUUCACUCAUAGAAUGCCAUAACAGUUAUUCAUUCAGAGUGCAGGAAGAGGGUUAAGAUGCAUUUUUGUAUUGCUUCCUUACUGACUGUUAUAAAGUGAGGAAGAAGAACAGGCAUUUAUUAUGCCAGCAUGGUAUCAUUCUCUUUAGCUUUUAUUCCCUGCCAGAAAUUUUCAUGUAAUUCAUCACUCGUCACUUUGAAAUGCAUAAGUGGUUUAUUAAUGAAGUUGUUUAAUAAAUGGUUUAAUAAGUAAUUUAUUAGACUUGUAGCACUGCUAGCAUGCUAGCAUCAUUAAGGUUUUUUUCUGGAGUAGUGAUUUUAAGGUCAAGGAAAUAGGUGCAUGUUGGAGAAUUAUUAGAUAGUUCCUUCAAUAACGACGUGCAUGUACUGUGCUGCAGUGUAAUAUGCAAAUGAGGUUGGAGAAACAUAGUAUCUGGUAAUGUUAAGGGGAUAGCAGAGACACAGAUACUUGACAUUGUCAAAAUCCUGAAAAUGAAUGCCUCUCUGGGCUGAUUUUAUCAUGUUUUCUAACUUGGCAUUUCCACAUGUACUUACAGCUGUGAAACCUGUUGCUUUUUUGUUUAUUGCACCCAAAGUGCAGGGUACUAUGUGUUCAAAAGGGAUUUGAAGGCACAGGCCAUUUAAUGUAAAAGAGCUCUUCAAAUAUGCUAAACAACUCAUAGUCAGAAGUGCAUGUGGACAGGCAUCAGCCUCUAAUCAUAGUUUCCACAAUAUUCAAACUAAUUUCGUCCACUAAGGUCAGUCUACUAUAAUAUAAUAAUAAUAUAAUAAUAUAAUAAUCUAUAAUUGGCAUCAGAGAAAGUCCUAACAGCAGACAUUACUCUUUCCAAGUGUUUUCCAGAGGGCAAAAGGACUUUACUAUACAAUACAUAUCUUUUAGAUGGAAUAAAAUUUGUUCUGUACAAAUUGUUUGCCACGUGCUUGUCCGCAUCUUGUUCAGUUUUUUGAUAACAUAUUUGACACUUUCAGUCUUGCAAUACAAAGAUAACUGCAGUUUCCGAAAGCAGUACAUCAAUGCUGUGUUGUCAGUAAAUGUCUAAGCUUUCAGUGGUGUGGUACUUUUCAUUACUGCAUACAAUUACAGUAUGUGUGCAGUUUUGUAAUUCACUUUUAGCACACUAACUGUUUCCUAUGUGCUGUCAAGAUCUUGUAUACAUUAAUGUACAUAAGUUGAUACCAAAGCUACAGAAACUUAGAUAUUUUUUGAAGGGUGCUUUUCAAUAAAGUUUCUUAUUCAAAAUCAA